AUGGUGCUCACUACGCUUGAUCAAAAGCCAAAGUUCUUGAAAGCGAAGAAACGCAUGGAUCAGUUUAAGAAUGUUUUCGGAAAGAACAAGUUGAAGCAGGGCAGCUUCGAGGAAACGCCCGACCUGUCGCGGAAGAACUCGCUGGAGUUUGAGCGCACCAACUACGGCGGCCACGAGUCGAUCACCAUUCGAAUGUCCAAAACAGUGCCUUUGCAAAUUCUCAAAGAUGGAAUGCUUAAGUUUCAGUUUCUACUUGAGUCCUGCACUCCGGGCACCCUGCCCGAUGCUCAACUGGUGGCGGCGAUGCUGGACCUCAAGGCGCCGGUCAUCUCGCGAGCCGCCUUUCUCAUUGAGUGCAGCCACUUUGUGCACCGCUGCAAUCGAGGCCAGUGGCCGGUGUGGAUGCGCAUGAACUUCAACUUCUUCCGCCCCUCAGGAAUGGGCGCCGGUGCGUCGCGCAGCUCGCAGACGGUCAUCAAGAACCGAGCCUCGACGACGCUCCAGCGAGCCGCCGGACGGACCUUCUACCAGUGGGGAGAGCUGCUCUCCUCGCGACUCGAAGACCUCUUGCAGAAUGACAUUGAGCUGUACGGGGCAACUAGUGCUGCUACUGCAGCUGCAGCCAUUGCCGCAGCUGGCAGUGGUGGCGGUGGAAUGGCGGCAAUCACCUCCAGCGCAGCAAUCACCUCCUCCUCAAUCACCGAGUUCCAGGACGGCCGUCGGUCAAAGACAUCAGUGCGACUGACGCCGGAAGAGGACGACUUUCUCAGUGUGCCGGCUGCUGGUCGGAAGGACGGCAGCUGUCCACUGGCGCUGAAGGUGCUCGCCUGUCAGCUGCUGCACGAGAUCACCACUUUCCUCCGAGAGACGCACCAGUACCUGCCUUCGAAGAGCUCCCGACGCUCUUCACUGGCCGCUCGAGACCGAAUGCCCAGUGUGGAGGCGUCUACGGCACUGUCAUCAGCCGUGGUAGCCGCUUCAGUGGCUGCACCACCCGCACCACAGCCGUCCGCCCGUCCACCCGUGAACACCAAUCGCCGGUGGUCGAUGGCGCUGAGCAACAUGCCCAUGGGCACUCCCAACGCCCACAGUCUCAUAUCACUGGCCAACCUGAGCGGCGGAGGCUCAACGGGGCUGCAGGCGAUGCUCGACCACUGCUCCAGCAUUCACGCGGACCGGAGAAUUAGCUUUGUACUGCACGAGGCCGACUCGGAGAAUGACUCCAGCAGCAUAACCUCAAUCGACGAUAACCGCGAGAAGAAGCGACUUUCACAAGUGGGCAUUUCCAAUCUACUUCGCCGCUCUACAGGAAGUGGACAUGACAGUUUCAAGCGGAGAAGUAUCAAACUGAAGAAGCCGCAGGAUAAGAAGGGCACGGCAAAGUUGAGAUCAGCAACGCUAGUUGAGGACGAGCUGUUUAAGCGGUCUAAUUCUCUGCGGUCAAACUCUCGGCGGAAGGCGAGCGGAGUGUCGGAAAUGUCAGAGACAUCAGAAAGGUACUCGGGAGAAGAAUCACCCGGUCUAAUGUCUGACGAUGGUCACGGCGUCGACUCACCCAGCGACACACUGGAUGCCAGUGAUGCAGAGAUCACCACCAACAUUCCCUGGCUGAAGAUCACCUCUAUUCUCAACAGGACACUCGAUUUCCAGUGUACGCACAGCUGCUCCUGUCCAGGCAAUUGCUACAAGAAGGUCAUCAAGUCGACGGCGUAUCUGAUCAAAGAGGUUCAGCGCAUCUACGAGAAGGACGUGCCGUCAUUCAUGGACAGUGACGCCUUCAGCCAGCGACUGUUUGACGACAAAGAGGAUGCCGCUCGAAAGGAGAAGAAGCUGAAAAAGAUACUCAUGGGUCACUCUUCUCCGCUGAAACGGAAGCCUUCAGUGGGGCACAACAUGGACAAGCAGACUGCUGAACGAGGCGACAAUCACGGCACGCUGCACAGCAGUACGACAGCACUAGUGCACAAUACGGUGGACCUGGAAAUGGGCGUCUUUGAGGCGGAAGACCCGAGAAGCAUCUUCUCCGAUGUGCUCAGCUAUCGAAUGGAAGUCCGACAGGAGGAGAACCUGACACUACUGUACAUGGUGAACCAGGUAAAAAAUCCAUUUCACUCGAUCAUCUCGAUGAUGCUCAAAAGUGCGCUCACGCUGGAUCGUAGCCAGUUUGAGUACUUGCUCCAAAUAUCAUGGAAUCUGGUGAUAGAGGACGACAUUCAGAUAUCAUCCGCCGCCUCAGUGGCCGUCAUUCUCUGCGCUCUGAAGGUGCCCGAGCUGGUCGUUGAACUACUGAACAAAGAGCUUAACAACGCCAGCGUCGAGGUGCGCGUCAACACCAUUCACAAGUUUUACAAGCUGUGGUCCAAUCGAUAUCAGUGCUGGCAGCGACUGGAGGACGGCGCCCAGGGCUCGCUGAAGCUUCCACCGGCGGCCAUCGAGUUCACCCUUCCAUCACCCCGGAUCGCCCUGGAGUGCCAACCAGUGGUCGACCCGCCGUACAUGCCCAUCGUCAAGACGAAGGUGGACGAGGUGGCCAUCAACCAGGAGCCGGCCAUUCAGAAGUCAUUCGUCGCCGCCACUAAAACACGGCGCAAGCAGCAGAUUGAGCUGGUGGCGCGGGCGCUGCAGGAGCAGGAGGAUAAGCUGCGCGAGGAGCGGGAGACGUACCGCUUCAACGGCGUGCCGCUCACCCUGCAGGCCUCCUACGAGCCGGCGCUCUUCCACUCGGUGGAGGACCAAGACGACAACGAGGACGACAUUGAGCGCAUUCCGCUGCACCACAUGCAGGUGGCGCAGUGCUUCUUCCCCUCCUGCCUGACCACUGCCUCGGUGCAGGUGAUCAACCUGCUGGAGGACAACCAGGUGAACGGGGAGGGCACCGCCGUCUACGAGGUCGCCCACAAGGUCGUCUGGCAGUGUCUGAUCGAGGAGCCGGCGCUCUUCAUGCGCAACCUCCUCGAGCGGCUGACGCGCGAGAAGAAGUCCACCAUCAUACAGACGAUGCGGCGGCUGAUUCGCUUUCUGCCCCGGCUGCCCAACCAGGCGGCCUUCACCAUGUACAACUACCUCACCGGCUUCAUCAUGCACCACGUGCGGACGCCGUACGAGGACUCGCAGGAGAUCAUUGCCUCGGUGAUGACCGUCAUCUGGCUGGUGGUGCCCAACGUCUACGGCCUCUUCCUCAAGGAUCUCAAGCAAAUUCUGCGCAAGGAGCAGUGCGACGCCACUAUACUCAUCACUGCCAAUGUUCCAAGUGCCAAAAAGAUCAUCGUUCACGGUCCGGACGCCAGCUCCAUUCCGUCGCAGUUUCCCAUUCACGAAGAUACUCAGUUUUCGCAAAUUCUCACAGAUAGCCUAGACUUCUUUGGCAUUGACGAGGGAAAGCACAACGAGUACUUUCUCGUUGACACGAAGACCAAUCAAAUUCACAAUCUAAAUGCCUUUGUUAGGGAUUUUUACUUUUUCAAACGAUCACAGUACCC